UCGUAAAAACAACUACUUUUUAUAAUUUUUUCAAAAAGACUUUUGACUGUUCGACUGAUUACACUGAUGUUAAUGAACACUAACCAUGUUAUUUACAAAAGAAGCACCGACGACAAAGUCGUUCUUUAUAGAAGUAAGUGAAAAUGCAUCUUCGGUCACCAUGACCAUGCAACAGGCGUAUCAAACGUGUGCCGCAUUAAACGUCACACUGGUGAUUCCAUAAAACUAUUAAACUAAGGAAAAAUCGGGGCAACGCAUUAAAAAAACAAUCUAAUAGAGUAGGAAUUUCCCUGAUACUUGUAAAAAGUGCCGUAGAUUAGACGCAAGUAAAAUAUAGGUAGAGACUGUAAACAAGUUUAUUAAAACUAAAGAAACUUUUGUUGUUGUUGUUGUUGUUGUUGUUGUUGUUGUUGUUGUUGUUGUUUUUCGACAACGAGAAACAAUGCGUGCGUCUCGUAAACGAAAACAUAAUGAGAAAAGAAAUGCGAAGAACUAUUUAGAGAAGCGAUUAUCAGAUAUUGCUGUAAGUUCGUAUGAUCGAAAGAGGUCUCAUGAAGAUGUCCAAAAAUUAUUAAACGAGAUGACAGAGCUGUUGUGUGACAAUUCUAUUUUCAGUAGAGUUUUCAGAAAGUCUGGUAGUUGUGCUAGUAGUACAAAAAUUAAAAGAGCCGACGAAUUUGAUUACGAUCUACCUAUAAAAUCACCAGAUAGUUAUAGAGUGGAAAUUGUUGAGGAUCAAAAUCAUACGGCAAUAAAUGCACGAGUUUUUUCCGGAGAUAACCAGUUGACACCAUCAAUGAUACAACAGCGUCUUUACAACUUCAUGUUGGUCGGCGCAAGUUCAUUGGAUAGCUGUUACCAAAUGAGUUCACAAAGGCGAAGAGAGUUUGAAUGGCGACGGUGCAGAAUUUCUGUAGACGGUGAGUUACAUGGUCCAGCAGUCACAAUGCGUAUGUCAAUACCAAACUUUCACGAUAUAUCCGUCGACAUAUCUCCAUCUUUAAAGACAAACGAAGUCACUUUGCGUGAUUAUCGUUGGCCUCGCGACAAAACUAGGCAGGUGUUGCAAGCGGAAGUUAUCGAAGAGAUUCAAAGCGUUGGUUUACACGUAGUUCCCAAAGGGAAAGACCUGUGGAAAUUCUCGGUGUCUAGAGCUGAAAGAGUGUUAAUGUCCAGAAUUGAUCAUGAUAAUGGAUGUCGGAAGAAGUGCCAUAAGUUAUUAAAAUCUGAUUUUGAUGAAUGGAACAAACGUUACAAUUUGGAUGGAAUCUCGACAUUUCUCUUUAAGCACGAGUUAUUUUGGUUAAACGAAGACAAGAAACAGGACUGGUCACAAAACCAACUUGACAAGAGAUACUGCGAAAUGUUGCAAGAUUUAAGUAAUCGAAUUCGCGAAGGGAAAAUUUUAAACUAUUUCCGUUCGACAGAAAAUCUUUUGAAAGGGAAAUAUCCAUCUGUUUUAAAUCAGCUUGCAGAUCUUGCCACAGCCAGAAGAAAUGAACUUAUUGGCAUGGACCAAUGAUUUCAAUACAAGAGAGGUGUCUUGCGUCCGCUAUCUGUCAUUUUUGGAAAAAGUUAUUGUUAAAACAAACGUAGUAAAGAUUUAUUGCUUACAAGUACUAUCGCAUUAGCAAUAUCCGCAAUCGAUGUGACAAAAACUGUUUUUAUUAGCUUGACAAAAUUUUCAGAUUUUUUUGACCCAUUAUUAGCAAAGACAUUGGUCCACUGUGGUGACAUUUCAUAAAAUGUCAAAGCGCAUUUUCAAUUUGUUUACCUAGCCAUAACAUCUUCCAAAGUAGACAUUUUCAGCCUAUGGUCUAAAAAUAUUGACCAUGAAACGUUUUGCCAAGUUGAAGUAUUUAAAAUAUGACCAUUUUUAAAAUAUUAUGUCUGGGUUGUAGUACUUGAUGACAAUAGAUUUUAAAUUAAUCGUUGUUA